AUGGUUGAGAGGAUGGGUGUGCUGGGCUUCGGCAUGGCCCGGCUUCUGCUGGGGAUGCUGGUCGGGAUCAGUGGCGCUGCGUGGGCCGACACGACGCCUCGCUCCACGCACUGUCAAGGAGGCAUCAAUUACCCGGGAAACGAUCUGCCCAACAUGCCUGUCCCACUCGUUGCCGCCAAUCCCGAGCUGUGUUACAACUUGUGUCAGAACACCAGUGGCUGCAAUGGCUUUGUCUACACGGCCCCAGCCUGGCCUAACCCGCAGCACGCCACCUGCUCCUUUGCCAAUGGCUGUUGCUGGCUCAAAAGCAAACUUGGUCAGCUGGAGCAGAAUGCGGUCACCUGUGCUUCCAGCCCUACACCGCAGCCACAUCCCGAGCCGCGCCCCAUCACUCCAGCUCCUGCCAAUGCCAAGAACAUUCUGUCCGUUGACCCCUUUUUGCUAGCUGAGGCUGCGGUCUUGAUCCCUCUAGCUAGUGCCCAUGCUCAUGUCAUCGUCCCUCCUGCUCGUUGGCCCAACAAUGCCUUUUUAGUUACAUCCUCGUCGACGAUUUGCGCCCUGAGCUGCCAGGCCCAUAUGGACAAGACUACGUGCACGCCCCAAACUUGGGCAAGCUCAUGGCCACUGGCACCACUUUCCGACGGGCGUAUUGUCAGCAAGCCGUCUGCUCCUCACACUGUCUCGGACUACCGGCUGCCGCCUUGCCCUGCUCAUGCUAACAGGCCCAGCCGCAUGUCUUUCCUGUUCGUCAAGCAGAUUGCGGCCUGGUCGACAAUCAGGUCAACUAUCAGGGCAAAGUGCUUCGGUCCCUCGCCAUUAGCGACCACCAAGCAAGGUGAAAAUCAACGGCAGCAGCUGAAAUCGACUUCGUCUGAGCCGCUCCGGGCCCAUCAAGCGUCUGGUCGUUUCCUACUGAACUUUGCUUCCCCCUUUCACAUCCAGGGCAAUUGCAGCUUGCUGACCGACGUUCUGGGACGGGGUCAAGAUGGCGCGUUCAUCUCAGGCAUGUCAGGUAGCUGGACGACAGCAAACUGGACCUCACACCCGCAACACUUUUAUCUGAACGGUUACUUGACUGCGAGCGGCUCUCUGUGGCUACGUAACGGUUCAUCGCUUUGCCUGCCAUAUCCCACCUACAGGAACGGUGAAGGCAUGCCUCCAAACCAGGAUCCCAUCUCAUGGUCUCCAACAUGGUCCAUGCAAGAGGUCAACGCUGUUGCCAACAUGUGGCCCUGCAACGUCAAGGAACCCGUGGAUCAGAGCACCUGUUUUGUCAACGCAACCAAAGAUGGCGUGGUUCAAGAUGGCUCCAAUCCACUCUGCGACAAGACCAUCGGUGACGAUGCCGUCGAGAAGCUGACACGGGCUAUGGCAAACCGCGACGCCACCGGGCAGCCCUUUUUUAUGGCCGUUGGGUUUCGAAAGCCACAUCUUGCCUUUCGCUUUCCAGCACCAUGGCGGGAUGUGUAUCCAGCGCUUGACCAGAUUAAGAUAGCCGCCCACCCAACCCAAGACCCCUCUAUGCCUGCCAUCGCCCACCACGACCCCUGCCUGCAGAGCGAUCCAUGGACGGCGCUGCCAACCAAUGUCUCCCAAACCCUACGACUUGAGUACUACUCUUGCGUUUCGUGGAUGGACUCGCAGGUGGGCCGUGUUCUGGACCUAUUGGAGCAGGGCGGCCAUUACAAUGACACCCUGGUUGUAUUUCAUUCUGACCACGGCUGGAAUCUGGGAGAACAUGGCCAGUAUGAAAAGUUUACCAACUGGGAAACCGGCACGCGUGUCCCUUUGGUGAUUCGGGCUCCCUGGAUUGAAAACAGCGCUGGCAAGGUCUCGGAUUCUUUGGUGGAGCUGGUGGAUGUUUAUCCUACCACCAUCGAUGUCCUGGGCUUGCCAGCACCUCCUGAUGCACAAAAGCUGGACGGCGUAAGCUUGAAGCCCAUUUUGGAGAACGCCAGUGCUGAAGUUCGACCUUAUGCUCUCUCCCAGUACCCGCGCUGCCCUCAGUUUCUGGGCAAUGAAACGCGCUACGACGAAAACAAUGUGUGUCUCUUUGUUGACCGCACGCGCAUCAACUUUAUGGGUUACAGCAUUCGGACCGAUCAAUGGCGAUACACCGAGUGGGUCGAGUGGAAUGGCGUCGACUUCAAGCCCGAGUGGGAUAAGCUGGUGGCUGGAGAGCUGUACAAUCACACAGGAGACACGAACAUGGACUUUGAUGCCUUUGAAAACUACAACGAGUAUGAUGAUCAGCCUGAUGUGGUCCGCCAGCUGUCGCAGAUGCUGCACGAUGCGGUGGCCAGCCAAUAGGCGUUGUCCACCCCAAUCGACACAUGGUGCCUUGGUCAAUUGGACUGCUGCAAGGUCUCAGCUUGGUGUUCAAAGGUCCUAAUAGCCGGCAGCAAAGUCGACUGUGUGCAGCAGCUCUUGCUUUCCAUCAUUCAAAGCUGCCAGGUUGUCGGCGGCCAGUUUGGCAAUGUUGUCAGCCUCGGUGACGGCUGCGAUGUGAGGCGUGAUGGUGGUGUGCGGAUGUCGCCACAGGCCAUGUUCCUGGGGCAGAGGCUCUGUGUUGAAGACGUCCAGUACGGCAUGACGCAACAAUCCUUGAUCGAGAGCUUGAAGCCACAUGUCAUCGCUCGGAGCCACAUCACCACGCCCCACAUUGAUAAACA